AGGAGGGGGCUCCACGCUUGGCUCCGCCUGGCCGGAGAAGAGUUUCGAGAGGGGCCAUGGCCUGGCAAGCAGCCAAAACUCUGUGGUAUGACCGGCCACGCUACGUCUUUGUGGAGUUCUGCGUGGAGGACAGCAUGGACGUGAAGGUAGACCUGGAUGACUACCGGGUUGUGUUCAGCUGCAAGAAUGCUGAUGGAGUGGAGCUGUACAACAAGAUUGAGUUUUAUGCCCGGGUGAACUCCAAGGAUUCCCAGAACAAGCGCUCAGGCAGAUCUGUCACCCUCUUUGUGCGCAAGUGGAAGGAUAAAGUAGCUUGGCCCCGACUCACCAAAGAAGAAUUUAAGCCAGCAUGGCUAUCAGUGGACUUUGAUAACUGGAGGGACUGGGAAGGAGACGAGGAGGUGGAAGCUGCCAUGGUUGAGCAAUAUGCAGAGCUCUUGCAAAAGGUCAAACCUAAGGAGGCACCCCCUGCCAUGGAUGACCUCGACUUCACAACCAGGGUGGUUUCCUGCUGCCCUGCCCAGUUAGUAUCUGAAACUGAUGGAAAGAAGGAAACGCUGCAGGGAUUCCAUGUCGUCCUGGAAGACACCAUCCUUUUCCCAGAGGGUGGAGGGCAGCCUGAUGACCGAGGGUUCAUUGAUGACAUCCCCGUACUCAGAGUCACUCGACAAGGGCCAGAUGCACUACAUUUCAUCCAAACACCCCUUGAGCCAGGCAGCGAGGUGCAGCUAGUGCUGGAUUGGGACCGACGGUUUGACCACAUGCAGCAGCAUUCAGGGCAGCAUCUUAUCACAGCUGUGGCAGAUCAGAUGUUUGGGGUCAAGACAACAUCAUGGGAGCUGGGUCGUCAGCGGAGCAGUGUGGAGCUGGACACCCCCUCGAUGACAGCAGAUCAGGUGGUGGCCCUUGAGGAGAGUGUGAACGACAAGAUCCGUGCUUGAAUCCCUGUGGUGGUGCGCCAGUUGACAGUGGGCGAUGCAGAGAAUGACACGGUGAGGAGCCGCGGCUUGCCAGAUGAUCACACCGGCCCUGUGCGGGUAAUCAGCAUUGAGGGUGUGGAUGCAAAUAUGUGUUGUGGCACGCAUGUCUCCAACCUCAGCGAUCUGCAGGUUGUUAAGCUCCUGGGCACUGAAAAGGGGAAAAAGAACAAGACCAACUUGAUUUUUCUUGCUGGAAACAGAGUGCUGAAGGCUGUGGGGCAGAGUCACGCCACCGAGAAGGCUCUCACAUCACUGCUCAAAAACGGCCCUGAGGAGCAUGUAGAAGCUGUGAAGAGGCUGCAGAACUCCUUGAAGCAACUUCAGAAGAACAAUUUGAACCUGCAGAGAGAUCUGGCUGUCCUAAUUGCUCAGAAAUUCAAAAGUAGCCCGUCUCGGGAACCAGUGUUUGUGUUACACAGGAAGGAUGGUGAUUCUGAGUUCAUGAACAUUGUGGCGAAUGAAAUUGGCACAGAGAAAACCCUCCUUUUCCUGUCUGUGGGAGAUGAAAAGGCCGCUGGGCUUUUUCUGCUUGCAGGGCCUAAUGAAGCUGUGGAGAAAUUAGGGCCCAGGGUGGCGGAACUUCUGGAAGGGAAAGGAGCAGGGAAGCGCGGCCGCUAUCAGGGCAAAGCCACACGGAUGAAUCGUCGGGAAGCAGUCACAGCUCUCCUGUGGGAGUUCGCUAACCACAACAGCUCAGAGCAGUGAUGGCUUGUUCAACCCCACUUCUUCCUAAAUUAAAACAAUAAAAUGGUGGCCCUUGUG